AUGCAGAUGGGGCGUGGCCGUGGUGCUAUAUGGGACGAGGUCAAGGAAGGGGAAUGGGGAGAGGGAGAGGGAGAGGGAGAGGGAGAGGGAGAGGGAGGGGAUAUUACGGCGGUGGAAGGGGACAGCAGAGAGAUCAACUUGCUGCUGCUGCUGACGAUUCUGAAGGCGAGGACUUUCUUCCUGGAAACAAAGCUGACGAUUGAGUUUGAGGAAGAAUACCUCAUGGGAGAAUUUGAUCUGAACCCAGACAUUGACGAGAAACCACCAAUGCCCUUGCGGGAUAUGUUGGAGAAAGUGAAAUCAUUCUUUAUGUCCUAUGAAGGAAUCCAGAGUCAAGAGGAAUGGGAGAGCAAUCCCGGGUGGAGAUUCGACAAGAAGUGCCAGUUUAUGGACAAACUAGUAAUGGAAGUAUCG